CACAAAAAGUGUUAUGUAACAAUGGUUGCAGUUAUGACUAUUUGGAUAUUCCACAUAUUGGUUAUCGGUUUAUGUGUAACCAACGCAACAUCACCAGAUGUACCAAAUUCAGUCAACAUCAAAGGAGUCACAUCUAACUCUAUAACAAUUGAGAUUAUAACAAUUGGCACUGGUACACACUAUACUGCCGUAUAUCAACAGGAAUCCACCACGAAAUCUGUAACAUUUCAAAGUACUGGAACUUCUACAACGCAUAUCAUCGAUGGCCUCAUACCCUUUACAAACUAUACAUUCUGUGUGUUCACCAUUGUAAAGGAAAGUGGCAAAGAUGACCAAAACAGUACAACUUGUGAAAGAAGCGAUCCUGAACAUGUAGCUACAAAGCGUGGUCCAGUGGAGGACAUCGAAAUAAAAGACAUCACAGA